UUGCCAAAAUUAAAAUUAGACCUGAACUAUGAUGAUCUUAAUCUAAACCAGAAAAGAAUGGAAGACAAGAAAGAAGGACGAGAGAGAUUGGGAGAUGAGAAAUAAGACGAUGUGACGAGUGAAUCUGGUGUUUCUAAUUUCUGGUUACUUCUCCUUGGGACUCACAUUGUUUCAACUCUAUUGUUUAUUGUUAACCAUCAAUUUGUGUGAAUAAAUUAAAGACCAGAUCAAUUAAGUGAAAAUGACCACAGAAAAGAAGAAGAAAUCCAAAGAAGAUGGAGAGUCCGGUGGAUCAACCAAGAAGAAGGCUCAACGAUCAGGUUCUAAUGUUUUCGCCAUGUUUACCCAAAACCAAGUGCAAACCUUUAAAGAAGCUUUCCAAAUGAUUGAUCAAGACAAAGAUGGUUUCAUUUCCAAAAAUGAUAUCCGACAAACCUUUGAUUCUUUAGGUCGUAUGUGUAAUGAUGCUGAGUUGGAGUCAAUGGUUAGUGAAGCUCCUGGUCCUAUUAAUUUCACCACUUUCCUUACAAUUUUCGGAGAUCGAGUCUCAGGAACCGAUGAAGAGUCCGUAAUUUUGAAUGCUUUUGCUCAAUACGAUGAAGGUGAAGGUAAAUGCAAUGAAGAAACAUUGAGACACGCUAUAACAACAUGGGGAGAAAAAUUCACCGCGGAUGAGUGGCAGACAGCCACCGCUGAAGCACCAAUUGAUGGAAGUGGAAAAAUUGACAUCAAAAAGUGGGCUCGAAUGAUUACUGGAGCCGCUGAGGAGGAAGAACAAGCUUAGAUUAAUUACAAUUCAUGAUCCGAACCCGAAUAUCUUACCUGGUUAACCCAAUCUUGGAAUCAAAUAGAAUAUCUUUUGACUUUACCUUUCAAACAAUUUUUUCAAUGUUCACCUGUUUUUUGUUGCUCUUUCACCAAAUCCAUACUUUGAAAUAUUAUUUACAGUAAGAUGAAUUUUUGGUUGCUGCCAAUGACAAUUUUUGAUUAAAUUGAGAAUCUGUUUCCAGUUAAGAUAUGAUAAAAGGAGAAAUAAAAUGAAUUGCAAUAUCCAUCAAUGAAAUAAAAGUUGAUAAUUGAUCUUAC